AGAAAAUGAGGCAAAGAUUGAAAAUGUGCAGAAAACCAGUUUCAUUAAAGGACCAAUGUUCAAAGGUGUGGCUUCCAGUAGAUUUUUGCCCAAAGGCACCAAGACAAAAGUUAAUUUGGAGGAACAGGGACGACAGAAAGUAUCAUUCAGCUUCAGCCUUACAAAGAAAACUUUGCAGAACCGAUUUCUAACUGCACUUGGAAAUGAAAAGCAAAACGAUGCUCCAAACCCCUCAGCGAUACCUCUUCAAGCAGAUUCCACCCCUAAAAUGAAAGUGGAUGUUGGAGAUACUUUAUCUACCAUAGAAGAAUCUUCUCCACCAAAAUCAAGGGUGGAAUUGGGAAAAAUUCAUUUUAAAAAACAUCUUCUUCAUGUAACAUCCAGGCCACUGCUGACUGCUGCCACAGCAGUAACGUCACCACCUCCUCCCACAGUACCAUUACCAGCAGUCCUAGCAGAAUCAACGACUGUAGAUUCACCACCUCCAUCUCCACCUCCACCACCUCCACCUCCUCAAGCCACAACAUCCUCACCACCAGCACCUGUAACAGAGCCAGUGGCCUUGCCACACACACCAGUCACAAUUCUGAUGACAGCACCAGUUCCUUCACCUGUAGAUGUAGUAGUGAAAACUCUGAAAGAAUCACCACUCGCUGUCGGACCAGAAUCUUUUGAAGUGGACACUAAACGGGACACUGUAUCUAAUAGUUCAGAAGAACACCUAACUCAGAAUUUGAAUGAGCAGACAGAUAUUCCCUCACAAAAAGAAGAUUCCCAUAUUGGGAAGGAAGAAGAAGUUCCAGAUAGCUCCAAAAGUAGUCUGUCCUCUAAAAAGUCAAGUUCUAGGAAGAAGACUUCACAAUCUGAAGGCACCUAUUUUGGUUCAGAAUCUGAUGAAGAUUCUGUACGGACUUCUUCAAGUCAGAGAUCACAUGAUUUAAAAUCUUCAACAUGCAUGGAAAAAGAAAGAGAAUCUAAAAAGAGUUUAGCACCUUUAAAAAGUGAGGAUUUAGGGAAAUCGUCACGAUCUAAAACUGAGAGAGAUGAUAAAUAUUUUAGCUACUCAAAACUUGAAAGAGAUACUCGGUAUAUAUCUUCCCGGUGUCGAUCUGAGAGAGAGCGAAGGCGGAGCAGAUCUCGUUCUAGAUCUGACAGAGGCUCUAGAACAAGUUUAUCCUAUUCUCGAUCAGAACGAUCCCAUUAUUAUGAGUCUGAUUGUCGCUACCAUAGGAGUUCCCCUUAUCGAGAGAGGACACGCUAUUCUCGGCUAUAUACAGAUAACAGAACACGAGAAAGUUCUGACUCAGAAGACGAGUAUAAGAAAACAUACUCAAGACGCACCUCAUCUCAUUCCUCCUCUUACAGAGACCUUAGGACAUCAUCAUCUUAUUCUAAAUCUGAUCGGGACUGUAAAAUUGAGUCCUCUUACAUAGAGACAGAAAAAAGAGGGAAGUAUUCUUCAAAACAAGAAAGAGAAUCCAAAAGGACUUCAGAAAACGAAGUAAUUAAAAGGUGUUCUCCCUCUAAUGAUCUGGGAUUCCGACGGGGGUCAAUGUAUUCUAAGCAUGAUAGCAGUGCUGCUCAUUAUAAAUCUACCCCUUCAAAAUCCAAGUCAGAUAAAUUGAAAAAUUCUUUCUGUUGUACAGAAUUAAAUGAGGAACUCAAACAGUCACAUUCUUUUAGUUUACAGACUCCUUGUUCAAAAGGUAGUGAAGUAAGAAUGAUAAAUAAAAUUGCUGAACGAGAAAAGACUGGAUCUCCAUCAAAUCAAUUGAAUGAUUCACCUACUUUUAAAAAGCUAGAUGAAUCUCUUAUUUUUAAGUCUGACUUUAUAGGACAUGAUAGCCAUGAUAGUAUUAAAGAAUUAGACUCUUUAUCUAAAGAGAAGCAUGAUCAGCUGAGAACUUACUGUCCUAUAGAACUAAAUAUAAAUGGAUCUCCUGGAGCAGAAUCAGAUUUGACAACGUUUUGCACUUCUAAAACUGAGGCUGUUUCAGUGUCUUCUGAUGAUAGUGCAACUGGGUUGGAGGUAUCCCCUUUAGUCAAAGCAUGUAUGCGUUCAUCAAAUGGAUUUCAGAAUAUUAGUAGAUGUAAAGAAAAAUACUUGGAUGCUACUUGCUUGCAGCAUAGUAAGUCAGAAAGCCCAUUUAGAGAAACAGAACCUCCAGUGUCACCACACCAAGAUAAACGCAUGACAUUGCCAGCUCUGACGGAUUAUUCCAAAACAAUAGUUAAAGAACCAGUUGAUAUGAGAGUUUCUUGCUAUAAAACCAAAGAUUCAAAUAAAUACUGUAUUUCAAACAAUAGCAAUCCUUCUUUGUGUCAUUCUGAAGUUGAAAAUAUUGAACCUUCAGUUCUGAAGCUUUCUUCUCAUAGCUUUAUGAAUAGUCAUUUGGAAUCAAAAACCGUUAUAUGUGAUAAUAGAAAUCUGGCAGAACAGAACUCAAAACUUGCAUAUGAAGACUAUAAGCAGUGUAUUGGUACCUCUGCUUCAGCUUCUGUUAAUCAUUUUGAUGAUUUAUGUCAGCCUGUAGGGAGUUCACGUAUUGCUUCAUCUCUUCAGAGCCGUCCACCAGGAAUAAAAGCAGACAGUUUAACUCUCUUGCAGUAUGGAGAAAAAACACCUCCAAUUUUGGAUUCUGUGCUAAUGAGUAAAAACACAGAGUUUAGGAAACAUUCAGGGGAAGAAAUACUAGAAGUGGAUAGUGGACUUCCUGAUUCGAGAAGGGACUUUUCUUCCUGGGAAAAUAGACAUGAUAAUGGGCUAUCUGGAAAAUGUUUGCAAGAGGCACAAGACGAAGGGAAUUCCAUAUUGUCUGAUAGAAGAGGAAGACUGGAAAUCUCUUUAGAUGAAGGAGAAAGAGGACAUGCACAUAUUUCAGAUGAUUCAGAGGUUGUAUUUUCUUCUUGUGAUUUGAAUUUAACCAUGGAAGACCAUGAUGGUAUAACUUACACCUUAAAAUGUGACAGUAGUGGCCAUGCUUCAGAACUAGUGUCUACUGUCCAUGAAGAUUAUUCUGGCUCUUCUGAAAGUUCAAGUGAAGAAAGCGAUUCAGACGAUACAGAUUCUGAUGACAGCAGUGUUCCUAGAAACCGUCUUCAGUCUGUUGUGGUUGUGCCAAAGAAUUCUACCUUGCCGAUGGAAGAAACAAGUCCCUGUUCUUCCCGGAGUAGUCAGAGUUACAAACACUAUUCUGACCACUGGGAAGAUGAGAGAUUGGAGUCAAGGAGACAUUCAUAUGAGGAAAAAUUUGAGAUCACAGCAAAUAAAAUUUGUCCACAGGCUGAAAAACUCUUUCUUCAUAAAGGUGUAGAGAAGAACCCAGAAAUUUCUUUUAUACAAUCCAGCAGAAAACAGAUGGAUAACCACCUUCCUGAAAUUCAUCCUCAGAGUGAUGGAGUUGACAGUACUAGUCAUACAGAUAUGAAAUCUGACCCUCUAGGCCAAACAAAUUCAGAAGAAAUUGUAAAAGUAAAAAUAGCUUCUAGGCAGCAAGAAGAACUGCCACUUUAUUCUUCUGAUGAUUUUGAAGAUGUCCCAAACAAGUCUCACCAGCAGACCACUUUCCCUAAUAAACCAGAUAGUAGACUGGGGAAAAUGGAGGUGAGUUUUUCUUCUUGUGAGAUAACACGUGUGGAUGGCUCCCACUCAUCAGAAGAGCUGAGAAACUUAGCGUGGGACUUCUCUCAACCAGAAAAGCCCACUACCACCUAUCAGCAACCUGAUAGCAGCUAUGGAGCUUGUGGACCCAAGUAUCAGCAAAGUACAGAGCACUAUGGUGGGACACGUGGUUACUGGCAAGGCAAUGGCUACUGGGAUCCAAGAUCAGCAGGUAGACCUCCUGGAACUGGAGUUAUCCAUGACCGAACUCAAGGGCAAGUACCAGAUUCCCUAACAGAUGACCGUGAAGAAGAAGAAAAUUGGGACCAAUGUGGUAGAUCCCACUUUUCAAACCAGUCCAGUAAAUUUCUUACGUCUAUUCAGAAGGACAGAGGGUCAGUGCAGGCGCCUGAAAUCAGCAGCAAUUCCAUUAAGGAGACUCUAGCUUCGAAUGAAAAGAAAGAUCUUAUGAAAAGCUUAGAAAAAAAUGAUAUAAAAGAUAGAGGGCCUCCCAAAAAAAGGAGGCAGGAAUUAGAGAGUGAUUCUGAAAGUGAUGGUGAACUUCAGGACAGAAAGAAAGUAAGGGUGGAGGUAGAGCAGGAAGAGACUACACCACCUCCGGGCUCUGCACUGGUUGGACCUUCCUGUGUCAUGGAUGACUUUAGAGAUCCCCAGCGAUGGAAAGAGAGUGCCAAACAGGGCAAGAUGCCUUGUUACUUUGAUCUUAUUGAAGAAAAUGUUUAUUUAACAGAGAGAAAGAAGAAUAAAUCCCAUCGGGAUAUUAAGCGAAUGCAGUGUGAAUGUACACCUCUUUCUAAAGAUGAAAGAGCUCAAGGAGAAAUAGCAUGUGGGGAAGACUGUCUUAAUCGUCUCCUUAUGAUUGAAUGUUCCUCUCGGUGUCCAAAUGGGGAUUAUUGCUCCAACAGACGGUUUCAGAGAAAACAGCAUGCAGACGUGGAAGUGAUCCUCACAGAAAAGAAAGGCUGGGGCUUGAGAGCUGCCAGAGAUCUCCCUUCNAACACCUUUGUCCUGGAAUAUUGUGGAGAGGUACUUGAUCAUAAAGAGUUUAAAGCUCGAGUGAAGGAAUAUGCACGAAAUAAAAACAUCCACUAUUAUUUCAUGGCUCUGAAAAAUGAUGAGAUAAUUGAUGCCACUCAGAAAGGAAAUUGCUCUCGUUUCAUGAAUCACAGCUGUGAGCCAAAUUGUGAAACUCAAAAAUGGACUGUGAAUGGACAACUAAGAGUUGGAUUUUUUACCACCAAACUGGUUCCUUCAGGUGCAGAGUUAACAUUUGACUAUCAGUUCCAACGAUAUGGAAAAGAGGCACAGAAAUGUUUCUGUGGGUCCGCUAAUUGCCGAGGUUACCUGGGAGGAGAGAACAGGGUCAGCAUUCGAGCCGCAGGAGGGAAGAUGAAGAAGGAGAGAUCCCGGAAAAAGGAUUCAGUGGAUGGAGAGCUAGAAGCCCUAAUGGAAAAUGGUGAAGGUCUCUCAGAUAAAAACCAGGUUCUCAGCUUAUCCCGAUUAAUGGUUAGGAUUGAAACAUUGGAGCAAAAACUAACCUGUCUUGAGCUAAUACAGAACACACACUCACAGUCUUGCCUGAAAUCCUUUUUGGAACGUCAUGGACUUUCCUUGCUGUGGAUCUGGAUGGCAGAGCUAGGUGAUGGUCGGGAAAGUAACCUAAAGCUUCAAGAAGAGAUCAUAAAGACUUUGGAGCACUUGCCCAUUCCUACUAAAAAUAUGUUAGAAGAAAGCAAAGUUCUUCCAAUCAUUCAGCGUUGGUCACUAGAAGAACCUAUUGCCGAAGAAACACCAUCACAAGAUGAAGAGGAGGGUGUAUCUGAUGUGGAGAGUGAAAGGAGCCAGGAGCAGCCAGAUAAAACAGUGGAUAUAAGUGAUUUGGCCACCAAGCUCCUGGACAGUUGGAAAGAUUUAAAGGAGGUGUAUCGAAUUCCAAAGAAAAGUCAGACUGAAAAGGAGAACACAAUAAUAACUGAACGAGGAAGGGAUCCUGUGGGCUUCAGAGAUCAAACAGCUGCCCCAAAGACUCCUAACAGAUCAAGAGAGAGAGACCCAGACAAACAAACUCAGAGUAAAGAGAAAAGGAAACGAAGGGGCUCCCUCUCACCACCCUCUUCAGCCUAUGAGCGAGGAUCAAAAAGGCCAGAUGACAGAUAUGAUACACCAACUUCAAAAAAGAAAGUACGAAUUAAAGACCGCAAUAAACUUUCUACAGAGGAGCGCCGGAAGUUGUUUGAGCAAGAAGUGGCUCAGCGAGAGGCUCAAAAACAACAACAGCAGCUGCAGAACCUGGGAAUGACAUCUCCCCUGCCCUAUGACUCUCUUGGCUACAAUGCCUCUCAUCACCCUUUUGCUGGCUACCCACCAGGUUACCCCAUGCAGGCCUAUGUGGAUCCCAGCAACCCUAAUGCUGGAAAGGUGCUCCUGCCCACACCCAGCAUGGAACCUGUGUGCUCUCCUGCUCCUUAUGACCAUUCUCAGCCUUUGGUGGGACAUUCUACAGAACCCCUUACAGCCCCUCCACCUGUGCCAGUGGUGCCACAUGUGACAGCCCCUGUGGAAGUUUCUAGUUCACAGUAUGUGGCCCAGAAUGAUGGUGCCGUGCACCAAGACUCCAAUGUCACUGUCUUGCCAGUGCCGACCCCAGGCCCAGUCCAGGGACAGAAUUAUGGUGUUUGGGAUUCAAAUCAACAGUCUGUCAGCAGCGUACAACAGCAGUACUCUCCUGCACAAUCUCAAGCAACUAUCUAUUAUCAAGGUCAAACGUGCCCGACUGUCUAUGGAGUGACAUCACCUUAUUCACAGACAACGCCACCAAUUGUACAGAGUUAUGCACAGUCAAGUCUUCAGUACAUCCAGGGACAACAGAUUUUCACGGCUCAUCCACAAGGAGUGGUGGUACAGCCAGCUGCAGCCGUGACUACAAUUGUUGCACCGGGACAGCCUCAGCCCCUACAACCACCUGAAAUGGUUGUGACAAAUAAUCUCCUGGAUCUGCCACCUCCCUCUCCUCCCAAGCCAAAAACCAUUGUCUUACCUCCCAACUGGAAGACAGCUCGAGAUCCAGAAGGGAAGAUUUACUACUACCAUGUCAUCACAAGGCAGACUCAGUGGGAUCCUCCUACUUGGGAAAGUCCAGGAGAUGAUGCCAGCCUUGAGCAUGAAGCUGAGAUGGACCUAGGAACCCCAACCUAUGAUGAAAACCCCAUGAAGACCUCAAAAAAGCCCAAGACAGCAGAAGCAGACACCUCCAGUGAACUGGCAAAAAAAAGCAAAGAAGUAUUUAGGAAAGAGAUGUCCCAGUUCAUCGUCCAGUGCCUGAACCCUUACAGGAAACCCGACUGCAAAGUGGGAAGGAUUACCACAACUGAAGACUUCAAACACUUGGCUCGCAAGCUGACUCAUGGUGUUAUGAAUAAGGAGCUGAAGUACUGUAAGACGCCCGAGGACCUGGAGUGCAACGAGAACGUGAGACACAAGACCAAGGAGUACAUUAAGAAGUACAUGCAGAAGUUUGGGGCUGUUUACAAACCCAAAGAGGACACUGAAUUGGAGUGA